AUGCCCCGAAUAGAUCCAAUACAACUUUUAAAAUGCCUGAGUGUACUUUUAUCACCAACUGGGGGCAUCAAAAGCAGUGAUGAAGUUCAUAGGCUAGCUAACUUAAUGACAAAAUUUUCAAAGAAGCUUGUAUCUAAGUGUAUAUACAUACAAAUAUUAAAGUGUACUGUAACUGAUUUACUUGGACUAUUCAUGGGAUCAGGUGGUUGGAGACUAGUACACAUGUGGCUGACGGAAAGUAUAGUAGCUAAGAAUUGGCCACUUGUAAGAGAAUUGUUAGAGUUAUUGUUAUUAUGUCCUGUUGAUGUAGAAAGGUUAAAGACAAAUAAUUGUCCAAAAUUAGUAAAAGAACUGUCAAAGGAUGGAAACCAUUUUGCUAUAAGAGCUUUAGCUUCCAAACUUGUUGAACAAUGGCUAAAAGCAGUUAAAGGAGAACAAGUAACACCAAUAUUAGUAGGAGAUAUACCAGAAAUAAUACUUGAUUUUCAAUCUGAAAUCAAAAUUGAGAGUAUAAAAAAUCUUGUUACUCCUGAUCAUGAAGUGGAUAAACCUUCAAAUAAUAUAGAAUAUUCCUCAGAGAUUGAAAAUAAGAGCAAAGAUCUAAAAAUAGAAAAUAACAUAGACAACUUAGAAAAUGAUAAUGAUAAUAUUGAAGAAAAAGAAGUACCUCCUGGUAACGAAAGUGAUACUUUGCCCGUAUUGAAAAUUACAUUAAAAAAUGGCAAACAAGUGUUGUCACAGAUUGAAGAUGAAAGUAAUAAAACGUCAGAAGAUGAUUCAGAAAAAGAAAAAAAUAAAGAAAAACAGAAAAGUAAAAGUAGAGAUAAAUCACUUGACAAGAGCAACAGUAGUAGUAGAGAGAAAUCAUCAAGCUCUAAGCAUUCAAGCAAAUCUAGUGAUAAAUCUAGAAGCAGUAGUCAUAAAGAUAGUUCUAGUAAGCAUAGUAGUAAAAAUAAAUAUAAAGAUAAGGAACGACACUCUUCGCAUAGUUCUAAAUCUAAAAGUAGUAGCAGUAGUUCUAGUAGUAGUAGGAAACCAAGUUCUAGUAGUAGCAGUAGUAAGUCUAGAGAUGGAAAGAGCAGUCAAAAACAUAGUUCAGAUAAAGAUAAGAGUAGAGAAAAAGAUAAAGAUAGUAAAUUAUUAUCAGAAAAGUCUGAAGAAAAAGCAUUGACUCCAUCAAUACAGAAACUAGGAAAAAUUCCUAAAUUAAGUGAUGUAAAAAAAGAAAAGCCUUCCAUAUCGAUAGAAGUAAGAAAACCAGAUGAGCCUAAACCAAAAACUGUAAAAACAUUCCAUUCCAAAUUUAGAAAACAUGGUUUAGAGGAAGAGGUAAAACCUCCACCAUCAAGAGCUUCCAUAUUGAACAAAAAACCACCACCACCUAUUCCACCAACAGUUUCGAUUCCAAAGAGACCAUCGCCUGUUCAUAAUGAGCCACCUCCAGAAAAGAAACCCAAAACAACACUGGAAAUUGACAAACCAGGGGCAAUAAAAUUAAUUCCACCCAAACCUAAACCAAUGGUGCUGCAAGAAAGUGAUAUGUUUAUGGACGCGCUUAAUGCAUCUGCCACAAAUAAAAAAGAACCUAAGAAGAGAAAACGACGCACCAGUGGUUCUAAGGACGCUCAAAGCGAUGGAUCUCCUCCACAAACUCCUACUAACGUAUCCAGCCCCAACAGUGAAAGUAAAUCUGUGCCACCUAGAUUUUAUCAAGACACCUUAGAUGAAGAGGACAAUAAAGAUAAAGUCAAUGAAAAGCAAUCUGAAAUUCACGAAAACAGUGAAAAAGUUAAUAGUACUGAGAAAGAAACUGAAGAAACUAUGGAAAUUUCUGAACCUCACACAUUAACGAUUAAUGGUCUAAAAGGAGUACUUUGUUACCACAAAAGGAAAGGACCUAAGAAAACCAUAAGAUGGAAACCAGAUUCUGAGUUAGAAGAAAUUCAAUAUUUUGAACUAGAUGAGACUGAAAGAGUAAAUGUUACUAAAACUUUUACAGACAUGAAACAUCUUGAGAGAAUUCACGAAAGAGAAGCAUUCCAGAAAGGUAGGAAUCUCAGUAACGACGAUAUUAUGGAAGAACGGACUAGCUGGCGACCUUUAAUUUUAGUUGAUGUCGGGGGACAAAUAAAAAUUGAAUAUGGUAAAUCUAGCACAGAAAAAGAUACUCAAGCAAUUCGCCAGAAAGGUACUUUACAACCACUUUAUUUCCAUAAAUCUAUGAUACCUGACUCUCCGCAUGAACCGGACGUUGAGACACAUACCUAUGCUGAACCACAAAUAAUACCUUUGGAAGACGUAACUGGAAACCAGGAUAACAUUAGUGAUUUCAGAACUAUGCCUUGGCCAGAGCCUAAAGGCAACGCUCCACCAGCAACUAGUAACAACAUGAAUGUACCAACAAUGUUCCCAUCAAAUAUGUCACAAUUUCCUAGUAACUUCCCAGCUCCACAAUUCCCAGGCGUUCCAGGGUUCCAAGGACCACCAAUAAUCUCUGGAGAAUGGCAAAAUGGUGCAGUUCCACCUAUAAUGCCCAAUGGCAUCCCUGGUCCUAUGACACCUCCGGGUAUGGUCCCUGGUGCUAUGCCUCCAACAAAUAUGCCACCUGGAAUGAUGGGCCCACCUGAUAAUAUGAUGAUGGGACCAGAAAUGUUUGGUAAUCCUAAUCAAAUGUUUCCUCCUGUCCCUCCAGAUGCAUUUAACAUGCAACCAAAUAUGUUCCCCGUUGAUUAUAACAUGCCAGGACCGCCGGGCCCGGAUGGAUUUCCCGGUCCUGGUAACUUUCGUGGUGCUGUUCGCGGUCGUGGCGCUGGAGGACAUUGGAGGGGUAAAGUCGCCGGUAACUGGGAAGGGCCCCAAAGAGGACGAGGAGGACGUGGUGGUGGUCGUAAAGCAGUGUGUAUAUACUUUCAAAGAAAAGGCUCCUGCCGUCAGGGCGACAAUUGUUCAUUUUUACAUCCCGGAGUUAAUUGCCCUUUU